AUGGACACCGAGCAGUACAUCGACGCCACCCUCAACGCCACAGACAAGUGGCUUGAGCGACAUCAAGAGGAGCUCGAACGCAAGCUGGCAUGGGUUCGCGCUAUCCGCCAGACCCGGUGGGAGCAAGCGACUCGGCCUGCUGCUCUCACUGCUAUCCCAUCGUUGCCACAGGAGAUCAAGGACUCGAUGUUCGAUGUCUUGGCUGAGGGCUACGGACCGAUCAAGAUUACUGGAGACACGGUCGAUGAUGUUGUCAAAGUCGCGAACCAGCUCGUGGGCCCUUCAGCACAGGCGCAGAGCUUCCGCGGCGACAUGCAAGACGCUCUGAUGAGAACUUGCGCUCUCGUCGUGUCGCCAGCUCAACUCCUUCGUGUUCUAGAGACACAGGACAGAGCCCCAAUUCUACGAAGUCGUCUGCAAAAGGCACGUCGAGUGGUUAUGCAAGUGUCGCUUCAGGCCUCAAGCGCGGUCUCCCAUGCCGGUUUUGCCACACAGCAGCAGCGACGCGCCCUCUGGGAAGCCGUCAACGCCAUCCAACUCAUGACCGAGAUCAGACGCGAGUCUUCACCUCAGCUCAAGUCCCUCCGCGUCCAAAUCAGCAUCGCUACACUAGGCGACAACCCUCAAAUCGGACUGGAAGAUACCAACACGAAACCACUUCAAGCGUUUGACUACAGUCGCCUUCCUGACGGCAGCGACUUGCGUUACGUGCUGGAGUAUAUCAUCAAAGUCAUGCAGACGAUCGUUUCUGAGGGCUCUGUCGAGCGGACGCUUCAACUGCGAGCUCGCCGGUAUUGGUCAGGGAGUUCGUACUCCAGUUGGGAUGGAAAGGAGAUCGCUGUCAAGGGCAAAAUUGUAGAUGGCAUUUUGCAGGAGGCAAACCCGACAUACCGAGCUAUUUCCGCCGCCUCACACCAACCUCUACCUCGACGCUCGAACGUCAUUCUCCGCAACCCCCUCGCCCACCUCCGCGCCGAAGAAGAAGCACACCUUCCACAACCUCACGCGAUCCUCAACCUCGACAAACGACGCACGCUUCAAGACUCCGCCACUCACACCAAAAUGAGCGGCCUGAACAUCGGACAGUGUCUGGACGCGACACCAGAACAGCUGCAGCAACGCAUAGAUGAGAUGCGCCGCGAGAUUGAAUGGAUCGAGAAGCUUCGCGAGCAGAAAUCGCUCGCAGAUGUAGUCGACCAACUCGCCGGAAUCCCAGAGGAACUGACCGAGAUGGUUCUCGAUCUGGCCGCUGAGCGCCAUGGUCCGAUCAAGUACCGUGGAGAAGUCGAUGAUCUGGUCGCCAUUGCAGCAAGAGGCAUCCUCGGAGGAUCGGAUCCAGUUCGCAAACUCGCCCCGAUCAUGGAAGAGGCGCUGUUGAAGAAAGCCACCAUAAUCGUCAACUCUACUGAUGCCGCGCUGGUCACAAGUCCCGACCCACAUCGCCCAGUGCCGCAGCUGUGCAGAUACCUGAAGCGGGUGCGACAUCUCGUUAUUCCAAUAGCAAUGCAGGAUACAGCACCUACGCAAUUCAUGCAGAGCCAGCAACACGCAACCUUCCGGGCGACGAUCCAGCUCAUCAAGGAUCUCACUGACACCCGCCGCGAGAACGCUUUCUGCCCACACCUGGAGUCCAUCUGCAUCCAGCCCAGCGUGGCUGCGGCUGGCAAUGAUCCACGCAACGCAUUCCAGGGAUUGGAGACCGCGUUCAAUGCAGCACAGGCGCCAAACGGCAGCGAGUUGCGACCCAUCCUACAGCACAUCAUCCAUGAGUUGCAGGGUGUCUCGGUCGACAGGAUGUUUCAGGUGGCAGUGAGGUGCUUCUGGGCAGGCAGUUCAUACUCCACCUGGGCAGGCGAGUGCCUUAAGGUCAAGAGCCAGAGCGUGGACGACAUCCUGCGAGAGGCGCAAGACUCGCAGAGGUGGGAACAAGUUGGAUGA